AUGAACUUAGAUUUGCCAGAAGAAGCACAGGAGAAAUUGGUGUUUGCACCAGAGACAUACCAGUAUACACUAGCCACACUGAAUGAGGACGAACUGGACAAGUCGCCCAUCGAGCAGUUCCAUAAAUGGUUUGAACAAGCAUGUGCCUCCAAAGAGCCUAUUCCCGAGUCCACAGUGCUAAGUACAUGCCGAUUACCCUCGGGCCGGGUGUCGUCCCGUGUUGUUUUGUUGAAGGAGUUGGACAAGCGUGGGUUCUUGAUCUUCUCUAAUUGGGACACUUCCAAGAAGGAGAUGGAUUUCCAGAGCAACAAAUAUGCUAGCUUGAACUUCUUUUGGAAGCAGUCCCAGAGACAGGUGCGUGUUGAAGGUAUAAUGGAGAAGCUCUCCCACGAGGAAAGCCAAGAAUACUACCAAGUCAGACCUAGGGGCUCAAAGAUCGGCGCAUGGUCGAGUCCACAAUCACAAGUGAUCAAAGGCCGAGAAGAGCUGGAACAGCUAGUCUCCAAGAGAGAAGUGGAGUUCAAGGAUUUGAAGGAUGAUGAAAUCAGGUGUCCACCAAAGUGGGGUGGUAUUAGAAUCGUACCUUUAGAAAUUGAGUUUUGGCAAGGAAGAAACAGUAGAUUGCAUGAUAGAUUGACCUUUAGAAGGGAGAGUAUCGAUGAUAGCCAAUGGGAAGUCGUUAGGCUGGCUCCAUAA